GCGGCACUGUCAUUUGAGUAUGUACACACAAUGAAGAGGAUCUACAGGUGUGACACUGCUCUAUAAAGGUUUUCACAAUUGGGACAUCCUGGCAUUUUGUCAAUAAGUGUGUAUUCACAUACACAAACACUGCAUCAAAAUUGGGCUUACAGAGAAAGUAAUCCUAUAACGAGAUCAGGACUAAACCAAAACAAGAGUCUACAUCAGCACUAAACGGAGCUCAAGCCAGGACCACGCAAGAACAAGAGUGAACACAGCCCAAAUAGCUCCUCAAUGAAGACUAUAAUAGGGAGUGUAUUUGUGGCACUCCUAUGCAUCUGUGGCAUCUGUAUCACCUGGAAAGUCUCAUACAUGUUCCUGGAGUUUACCCAGAAAGAAUGUGACUGUGAGAAAUGCCAGAAAAAUGAUAAACUAGAUGAACAAUGGUUUCUGCAGCGUUUCCAGAAAAAUAUCAGCCCAUUCUUGACCAGCCAUUAUAAUCUGUCGCAAGAGGCAUUCAUCUGGUGGAAGGGAAGACAGUCUGAAAGACGUGACUUCAACUUUUACCAAAAAACAACACAGAAAAUAUUUGAGAUCAUCCCUGCAUAUCCUCCUGUGGUUGGACACAGCCCACAUCACUGUUGGACAUGUGCUGUAGUGGGCAACUCGGGAAACCUGAGAAGAUCUCAUAAUGGAAAGUUAAUAGAUCUACAUGACAGUGUAUUUAGAAUUAAUUAUGGUAGAACGGAUGGCUUUGAGGAGGAUGUGGGGAGCAAGACCACUCACCGCGUCAUUUACCCGGAGAGUGCAGGUGCUAAGUUGGAUAAAAGCACACAUCUGGUGUUUUUUCCAUUCAAAAUCCGGGAUCUGGAAUGGUUAAUCAGUAAACUCACAGCAGACACCAAUGCAAGGUCUAAUAUUCAAGCAAAACAUAAAGACUUGGUAAUGGUGGUUAACCCAGCCUUCAUGCAAUAUGUCCACCUAUCAUGGCUCAAUGGUAAAGGGAAGUAUUCAUCCACUGGCUUCAUGACUGUGAUUCUGGCCUUGCACAUUUGUGACAAGGUGAGUGUGUUCGGGUUUGGAGCAGACAGCGAUGGAAACUGGAGCCAUUACUGGGAAGUACUGAAAAAUAAGCAGCUCCGAACUGGACCUCAUCCAGGCUCUGCUGAAUAUGACCUGAUUGAGGAACUGGCGAGACAAGGAAAGCUUGUGUUUUACAAAGGCUUUUAAAGCAUGGAUUACUCUGUAUCUGAACACUUGAAGGACUGGAACGUUUUAUUUCACUCUGUUCAGUUCAAGGGUUGCACAACUCUUGAGGGCAAAAUGAGUCUGCUGUGUCCUGCCUGCAACUAAUUAUAUACUAUGCUUUUGCUAUUCUUCUAAAUUAUUAGCGGUGAAUGAUUAGUAUGCUGGGAUAUUACUAUUAUUAGUAUUUAAAGGCCCUGAAUCUAUUUCACGCUAAUUCAUAUGAGGUCGUGUAUCUCAUUUUGAAAUGUAACGUGUAUUUGUUUAGAUGGCCUGGAUUUUAAUGGUAAAAAGUUGUCUGACAGGGUGAAGUCUUAUGGGCUCGACACACGGGGCGCGACUAACGACAGCGUGCAGCAACACUCAUCGCAUAGGCUUUAAAAUCGAACACACGGGCAGCGACAAACUGCAGCGACUAGCGGCAGUUUGUCACGUCGUGCUUUGUUCCAGAGCAGAUCGGGAGCCUCCUACUUGGAGGGAAUUUUGAGGUUAAUAGCGGUAGAUGGGAAAAAGACGUUAAAAAAUGAAAUCUCGUAAAGUUUUGCUUCAUUUGACUAAAAUAUUACAAUUGGUUGCACUCUACAAAACUAAAAAAAGCAAUCCUGGGUCCACCCUAUUCUGCAGCUAAUUCUGUUUAAUGUAAAAACCCUAAAUAAAUAUAUAUAUUUUUUAAUGUUGAAUCAGUCUUUAAUACAUUUGGUUAUUAGCCUCCAUAAAUUUAUCUGAAUUAACAAAUUCGCACAUGUUAACUUACCACUCAUAUUCACCCUGGCACCAACGAGUUCACAGGCAGCUGCUUUUUUGAUAUAUCUCGGUAGUCUCUUUGAGAUGUCAAAAAGAAUUGGGAAAUCGGACACCGUGAGUAAAAUUUUCUCCUCCAUGUUUCUGAAGUGGACAGUGCAUUGGCUCGUCAAUCAAACUCUCGCUGAUUGGCUGUUGUGCGACAGCGAUAAAAGUUGAACAUUUUUCAACUUUCAUUAGUCGCGUCGCAGGCCCGCGUGUGCACGUCGACAUGCACGAGCGCGAGGUUUUCACGUGCACGACUUUCGCUUGUCGCGGAGGUGAGAGAGAUGAGCGAUUUUCGCAGUGUCGCACAGGUACCAUUGAAAAUAAAUGGAGAGCGAGCGACGUCGCUCCCCGUGUGUCGAGCCCAUUAUGUUGUCAUGUAAGUGGUGUCUUAACAUGGAUAAACGUUGUGUGAUAUUUUCGGAGCUUUUUCAGGAGUCAGUAGCACUGUGUGGCCCGUGAUACCAGCACGAGUAUGCAGCACACUUCAAAGCCAAAGCAGAGCGAGCCCUUCUUGUGUAUCUCCCGUUUCACAUAGCCUUACUCUAACACAGGCAAGCCCAAACUGUGGCCAGGGGCCCAAAUGUGGCCCUCAGACCAAUUUUUCUUUGCCCUCAAGCUUCCAGGUGAAUUGGCCCAUAUGCUUUAAGCAGUACUUUUUACUGUACAUUUCUGAAAAUCUACUUACUGCCCAUAUCAAAUAUGUGUCCCAUUGAGGAUGUAAGCGUCAAUAAAGGUCUAGUAGUUCAAUCUAACUUGUAAUAAAAACACAGAUUUGAAUUAUUCACUGUACUGGCAACCAGUUUAUGGCCCUCAAUCGGCCCUCAACUUUGUCUGUGUUUUUAUAUGUGGCCCUUAAUGAGAAAGGUUUGGACACCCCUGCUCUAACACAUGCCCGACACUGCGGUGUCAGUGGCAAAAUCAGUGGCAGGCGUGAGAAGACAGAUCGUGCUGCUGAGCGCUCCAGAAGUCUCCUGAGAAAAAUGUUUUGCUCAUAGUGAAA